AUGCCGGUGUCACCUCAGCUCCUGCUGGCCGCCCACCGCUUCCUGUCCACCGAGGUGACGCUCUUCACCCCCAACUUCAUCUCGGAGAAGAUCCUGCUGCGGCUCCUGAAAUAUUCCGACGUCAUCCAGGAGCUGAAGUUCGACGAGGAGAACAAGAAAUCGCCGCGGCACUUCCUGUACUGCAAGAACAAACCGGCCGACUACUUCAUCCUCAUCCUGCAGGGCAAGGUGGAGGUGGAGGCUGGCAAGGAGUGCAUGAAGUUCGAGGCGGGAGCCUUCUCCUACUACGGGGUGAUGGCUCUGAGCCCCCCGCCGGGAUCCGAGAUCCGUUCGCCGUCCCACGCCAGCGGCCUGAACCGCUCGGCCUCCCUGAGCUACCCCGAGCGCUCGGAUUCGGCGUCGUCGCCGCUCGGCGGCAGCAACAACGCGCUGAGCGCCGGCGGCGCCGCGCAGAUGGAGAUCACAACCCUGCCAGAGAUCCAGGAUGGAGAUCCCAACCUUGCCAUGAUCCCGAGAUGA